ACAGGCACAAGGCACAACACUCGCGCCUCGCCAAGUCUUCGAGUCCCGAGUCCGGAGUCGCGAACGCAACCAGCAGAACGCCCGUUCAGUAGGCUACACACUCCACGAUCAGGCCGCCGAAAACGUCGCGUCGCGUCGCGCUCUCGCCUUCGCCUUCGUCGACGUCGUUCCUCUCUCUCUCUCUCUCUCUGUGCGGUGUGCGGCGGUCUCGGUCUCGCUCUCGCUCAUUCUCGCCGCGAUAUUGGCUACGGCAAUCAGCAGUAGUCGACCGGCAACGUCACAUCGAGCCGGUGCAUUUUUUGCACGCGCUAUCCCAUGUGCGAAUUUCCCUCAUACUUGUAUCUGAUUCGUCGUAAUCGUAAUAAUUUUUGCGUUUGUGUUUUUUUUUUCUCUACUACAAUUUUUAAUACCUAAACGCCGCCGUCAAAUUCGUAAAAUUUUUUCAAAAUCAAUGUAGCCAGGUACCACAGCGAGAAUCACAUAGGAAAACAACAUCAUGUGCAAGUUGUUUAAAACAUGGUGAUCACAGACAUGGGAAGUGACCGUUAUUGUUUACGCUGGAAUAAUCAUCAAAAUAACCUACUCGGAGUAUUUAGUCAAUUGUUGCAAGAAGAAAGUCUAGUCGACGUGACCCUCGCUUGUUCGGAGGGACAUUCCAUACGCGCUCACAAAGUCGUACUGUCCGCCUGCUCUUCCUAUUUUCAAAGUUUAUUUCUAGACCAUCCGAACAGGCAUCCGAUCAUCAUCCUCAAGGACGUCUGUUUCGCCGAGCUGAGAACCUUAGUAGAGUUUAUGUACCGCGGCGAAGUGAACCUAGAUUAUUGCCAAUUGCCGACGUUCUUGAAGACAGCGAAAAGCCUACAAGUCAAAGGUCUCACCGAAAUGACCCACCUACACAAAACGCCGAUAUCGCCGGAUCGCGAACACCUCUGCUCCGAUGACGGGCACACGUCUUCGCGAGACGAAAUGGACGACAUGCCUUCGACGGUGAUCGCCACCACCGGAGGACCAAACAUGGCCGUCGUCUCGGCGCACGCGCACGCGCACGAACCGUUACCAUUAAUACGCCGCCGUUCCAGAUCUCCCAGCGACGAAGACGUCGUCACUGUCGCCGCUACAGCCAACGACAACACCACCACCAGCAUCAGCAGCAUCAUGAGACACAACAACUCAUCAUCGUCAUCAUCAGCCACAUCAUCAACCGCCACAGUCGUCGUCGAUACCGUUCCUCAAACCAAUCCAACAGCAACCACUACCACAACCACCACCAUCGGCACGCAGCAGCUGUCGCUGUCGUCGUCGUCGACGUCGCCGCCUCCGCCAAGGACAUCGGCGUGCCCUUCUGCCUCGGCGUCUUCGCCGACCCGAUCCGCCAGCACUGCUGGAUUCGAUAUUUCGCAACCACAUUCGCCUUCAUCACGACUGCCAAUGUCCGUAUCGCCGCCCCAUCCUGCCGACUCGUCGUCCGUCGGCGACGACCAACGCAGCAUGACGCCCGAUCCGGACGAUGACGACGAGUCCAUGCACAGUGGACCCAGCGACAUGACCAUCGGCAGUCACGCCUUAUCGCCGCAAUGCCUAAAAGUUGUUCCAGGACCCUCUAACUUUCUACCCGCGCAAGAUCGACCUCUGUCGUUAUCAAAAAAAGAACCAAAUGACACGACGAGUUGGAUAAAAACCGAAGAAAAAAGCUCCAGCGGCAAUAGUGGUUCAGAUUUUAGUAUAAAUAGACAUUUAGAUCAGGACAGGGAAAGAGGAGAUUUUGAAAGGCAGGCGGUGUACACGUGUACGUAUUGCGGGGCCGCAUUUCCGCAUCAGAGUAAACUAACCAGGCAUAUAUUAUCGCAUAGUUUGGACUCGUUGAAAUAUCGCGAACAAAGUCAACCUCAUUUACAAUACGCUCCACAUCCGAUGGCGGUUAGCGCCUCGUCGGCGGCGGCGCUCGGUCUGGCGGCGGCUGCCGUCGGCGAGAACGCCAGCGACGCCGAAUGGAGCGGUCUGCGUACGCCUUUGAUGGAGCUGGCGCACGACGCUUCGCAAACGUCCGCCGACGCAUCGGCCGAAUCGCCCGGAGCCGUUUGCAAAUUCUGCGGAAAGGCUUUCCCAGACGUUAGCUCGCUCAUCGGCCAUUUACCAGCGCACACAGGCGAUCGUCCGUUCAAAUGCGAAUACUGCGGCAAAGCGUUCAAGCUGCGACACCAUAUGAAAGAUCAUUGCCGAGUGCAUACGGGCGAACGCCCAUUCAGGUGUUCGCUGUGCGGCAAGACCUUCUCCAGAUCGACCAUACUAAAGGCUCACGAGAAAACGCACUAUCCCAAAUACGUACGUAAAUUCCUCUCGUCGCCUAGUCCCGAAGAAGAGCACAGGCCUCCCGAUCUGCCUUUACCUUGUGAUCUAUCCGUAUCCAUGUCCGAGAAUAACGUCGAAGCUUCUACCAGCGCGCCGCCUAUGUUUAUGCAUAGACCGACGCCGUCGCCGUCGCCAUGACUUAUGCUCUACAGUUACUACUAUUACCAUCAUUAUUUCGCCCAACUUUUUAGAUGAAUUUCUUACAUAUUUUUUUUUCUUCUCUUUUUAUUAUUAUUAUUUUUCUUUUUUGUUCGUUUCGUUUCGUUUAUUUCGUUUCGUUUUUUUUUCUUUUUGUUUCGUGGCAAUUUUUUUUUUUUUUCUAUAAGUAUCUACCCAUUGUAUAGUAAGAGAAAAAAAAAUUUACAAAUUAUUAUUUUUUUUUGUUUCAUCAUUCGAUUCCUCUUGUUUUAUUUUUAUUUUUUAUCUCUCGUCUUCUUCAUAUAUAUAUUUUUUUCUUUUCUUCAUUAUUUUUUUUCUUUCCUUUCGCAUUAAGUAAGCCAUAGUGAUAUAAAAAUUAUGAUUUUUGUCUCGUCUUUCUUCGCGUAUGUGUUUUGUUUUGUUAUUAAGUACGCUUUGUUAUUGUUUACAUUACCUUUUCUCUUUUUUUUUCUUUUUUUUUUUUUUUUUGUUUAUUACCUAUAUAUAAAUUUAGAAAAAAAGUAUUACUUAUAAAUAUGAUUUUUUUCUUCUUCGUUUUCUGUCCCCGCGUACCCGCGUCCCCGAAUCCUCCCAGUUAAUCGUCUCGAUCAAUAGUAAACUACUAGACUACCAGUUAUUGUACUUAUGUAAUGUGCAUCUUUACACAUAUUGAUGCGGAAUAUUGAUUUAGUAUGUAUUUUGAUCAAUGAAGUGUGCGGGUACGUACAUUUUUCUUUUCCUUUUUCGCCUUUUGGAGGAAUUUUUAGAUGACUGAUUUUCUAUAAUAUUAUGUAGGAUUAUUAAUUAGAGUUUCUGAAAGAUUUUGAGUGAGAUUUCCCCUCGCUCACAAAAAUAUCGAAAUCUUGAAAAAAUACAACAAAAUAAAAAUGUAGUACUUUUUUUCAGCACCUUUCAGAUAAUUAUUCUAUUGACUUUGAAAAAUGAGAAAGACCUUCGCACACUUUUAUUACUCUGCUGAUGUUGAUACGUCAGUCAGGGGAAAAAAGAAUCAUCAUAUUAUUCGAAGUUGCUCGAGUUUGUUUUUCAGUUUUUGACAAGUUUCAUUUGGUACACAUUUAUGAGAGAAUAAAACUUGCUAAAAUUAGAAAACCUGCAAGAAAAACUGGAAAAAAUAAAAGAAUUAUUUGAGGAAAAAAUUAAAUUUGACAAAAAAAAAGAAGUUCUUGAAAAAUCGAUCGUGCUUGAAAAUCGAAUAAUCGAACCUCAAAAAUCGAUUCAUUUUCGAUUUUUGAUUUCAUUUGAUCGAUCAUGUUGUCGGAAAUUUACUUCUCGAUCAACUUUAAGAAUUGCUUGUGAAUGACUAAAAAAAUCGAUUAAUCAAAUUGCAAAAAUCGAUUAAUCGAAUUCCAAAAAUCGAUUAAUCGAAUUCCAAAAAUCGAUUAAUCAAAUUGCAAAAAUUGAUUAAUCGAAUUCUAAAAAUCGAUUAAUUGGAUUCCAAAAUGAUGAUUAGAUUGAAAAGUUGAAUAAUCGAAUUCCAAAAAUCGAUUAAUCGAAUUUCAAAAAUCGAAUAAUCGAAUUCCAAAAUCAAAGAGGACUUUUCUGGUGAGCUUGCCAAAAAUUGACAAUCAAUUAAUCAAAUUCUAAAAAUCGAUUAAUCGGAUUCCAAAAAUCGAAUUCUAAAAAUUGAUUGAUCGGAUUCCAAAAUUGAUGAUUAGAUUGAAAAAUUGAUUAAUCGAUUAAUCGAAUUCCAAAAAUCGAUUAAUCGAAUUCUAAAAAUCGAUUAAUUGGAUUCCAAAAUUGAUGAUUAGAUUGAAAAGAUGAUUAAUCUAAUUCCAAAAAUCGAUUAAUCUAAUUCCAAAAUUGAUUAAUCGAAUUCCAAAAUCAAAGAGGACUUUUCUAGUAAGCUUACCAAAAAUUGACAAUCAAUCAAAUUCCAAAAAUCGAUUAAUCGAAUUCUAAAAAUCGAUUAUUCGAAUUCUAAAAAUCGAUUGAUCGAAUUCUAAAAAUCAAUUAAUCGGGUUCCAAAAUUGAUGAAUAGAUUGAAAAAUCGAUUAAUCAAAUUCUAAAAUUGAUUAAUCGAAUUCCAAAAUCAAAGAGGACUUUUCUGGUAAGCUUGCCAAAAAUUGACGCUUCUGGAUAUUUUUUUCCUCAAGAAUCAAUACUUUCGGACUUGAGCAAAUUUGGCAACAAAAAACCAACACACAGAACCAUGUAAGCAAGUUUGCCGAAAAAAAAAAACAGGACUUUUCAAAGUUAGGCAAGACAAAAUCAAAAAAAAGCUCCUCAAAGUUUUUAACAAUUUUGGCAAAAAUUACGACCGUUUGACUAUUUUUUCAAAAAACUACUUCCUGGGAAUUUUGACGAAAAAACAUUACAACUUUUCGUCACUCGUCGCCAAAAAUUGACCUUCUCUGACAAUUUUGACAAAAAACGAAAUUUUUGAAGAAAUUGUUUUUUUUUGACAAGUUUACUUAACAGUGGAUAUUUUUUGAAACUUUUCAUUAAAAUGGUCACGAAUUGCCAAAAAUUGACGUUUUUUGAAAUUUUUUUUCUUUAAAAAUUGACACUAUUCGACUUGGGCAAAUUUGACAAAAAAAAAAUCCAAACCUUAUAAGCAAGUUUGCGAAAAACAGAACUACUGAAACAAAAAGAGGACUUUUCAGGCAGAAAAGGCAAAAAUCAUUGCUUUUUGAACAUUUAGUAGGCCAAAAAAGCUCAAGUCAACAAUUUUGGAAAAAUGUUAAUUUUAUCAAAAAACUAUACUUCAUGAAAAUUUUGAUGAAAAAAAAAAAUCACAACUUUUUGUCAACUCGCCAAAAAUUGUCAAGCUCUGAAAAUUUUGAUAUAUAGCGGGACUUUUAUUAAAAUUUUGAAAAAACAGGAUUUUUUGGCAAUAGAAAGUUUUCAGAAAAAGCAAGCUUUUAAUUUGGCAAUUUUAGAACAAAAAGAGGACUUUUUGAUCAGAUAAGGCGAAAAUCAAUCAUCUUUGGAUCUUUGGGGUGGGGAGGGCGUACAAGAAAUUACGGACUCACAACUUUUGAAAAUUAGCGUGCACUCAAAAAAGAAGUGACAAAAAAAAAAAAAAAUCCUGGGCCACAACAAAUAGUGGAAGUCUACGUUUACAAAAUGAAAGUUUUCGUUUUUUUUUCUAACCAGUUUUUUAGUUCUGUAGACCGCCCCCCCUCCUCUACACAGAAAAAACCGAUCGUUCCUUUCUAAAUUAGAAAAAAAAAAAUAAUAAGAAAUAAAAAGAGAAAACAAGACAUCUACUCCUAAAAUUUUUUGAUUUUUUUUCUUUGCAAUUUCGCACCUCUCUAGACUCUCCCCGUCUCAAAAAAUGACUGCUCCCCCCCCCCUCUUAUAAAAUUCAAUCGUUCAAAUUCUGAAAAAUCGAAUGACAAAAAAUUAAUACAGGUGAUCUGCAAAUUUUCAAAAUAGAAUAUCUUCACCUUCUUCUUCUUCGAGAUUCUUCAAAUUUGGAAAUUUCUCUCUCCCCUCCACCCCUCAAUCUUGUCGCGUCGUCAUUUCUCGAAAAUAUUUGAUAUUUUUAGUUCAUUCUCUCACCUCUAUAGCCUUUUUUGGGGCUUUGGCAAAAAUAAAAUUCGGUUUAGAAUUCAGAUAGUAGAAACAAUAGAGGUACUUUUGAAGACCUUGAGUUUUGUCCCCUUCCCCUCGCCCGCUAGUUUGAUGACACAUAAAAUCGCACAAAUGAAUUACAUAUUUUUUAGAUAGGUUUUUCGAUUUUGAGACGGUUUCUUUACUUUUGAUCAUUUUUGAACUUUUUCAACCUUUUUGCCAUUUUUUUUUUUUUUAGCUGAAACUUGAUGAAAUCAAUUGAUGUCUGUUUAAAUUAUUUUGAAUAAGGUUUGAUGUGUUGAUUAAUGAACUUUCUGGUACAAAUUUUCCUCCAUAACACCUCAAAAUUAAGCCAUUGGAAGCUUCACAUUGGUUAGAAAAUCUUGGAAAUUACGAGUAACUACGCAGACCAAGGUUUUAAAAAACAAACCAUUGCUUCAACUUGAAAAUUUUUCUAGAAUUUGGCUAUGAGGAGAGGGAGGCCUUUCGCUCAAAUAAAAAGCAACAGGGGUUUUUUCGGUGCGGAUUUCUAAAAUCAGCCAGCUCUUUUGAGCAUUGAAAAAAGAUGAAUGGCAAAUUUCUAAAAGACACAGAAAAUCAGCUUUAGAUUUAGAAAAAUUUUUGCAGGUAGGCUGAAAAAGGAAAAGAUCGUACCCUCACAUUUGUUAACAUAUUUUAGGCCAAUUAAAUAUACCGAAAUGAAAAUAGAUCAUUCGUGCUGAAAUCAAUUAUAAAAUUGAUGAAAAAUCGGCAAUCUUAUAGUUCCAUAGAGAAGUAGAUGCCAUGAAAACAAUAAAAAAUGCGUGUAAAAUCACAAAAAUAAAUUUCGUCAUUUUGAAAUAAGCAGUCCAAUAAAACAACAUUCACGAAUCGUUCCUUGUUCGAAUAAUCCCAUCUCUCUUGACAUGUUGGGAUUUCACUUCCCUUCUCACCAGAAUAAAAAAAAUCAGAGUCUGGUUAAAACAAAAAAAAUUCAAAAAAAUUUCGAAAACUGAAAACCAUCUCCUAAUCACCUUUGCAUUUUUUUAACCCUCAUCAACAGUCAUGAAUAACAAUCUGAACUCUUACAGCCCUCAUAUUUGGCUUCGAUCUUCAGAAAAACUGCUUAGAUUUUCUUUCUCAAGAAAAAGCUUAAUUUAUGUACUUGUAACUUAGAACGCAUUCCUUUAAUGAUGUAGUUUCGCUUGGAAAAUAAUUUUUUAGGCUUCUUUCACGUGCUUGCUCGCUCGACAACAUUGUUUCAUAUUUCCAAUGAUCAAUACACUUAUUUACCCACGAAUUUUUAAUCAUGCAAUCGAUAGGAUGACUGACUGUACGAAAAAACUCAAGGCCCAUGACGAUCCCAAUCAAAUAAAUGAAAAAAAAUGACAACUCGAGAAUACAUUCCACUCCAUUCCAUCAAUUCUCUCGUGAAAAUAACACACGAAUGAUUUUUUUUUUCUCGAACCGAAGACUUCAUUAUACGAGUAUCAUCAAAAAAUCUCCGACCCAGUUUCGUGUCUUGGCAAUUUUCAAGCUUUUUAUUAAAUAAUUUGUCACAAAAGGAAUCAAUCUUCGAAAAAAAAGUAUCUCAAAACAGGCCUUUGUUUUCUUUCUUUUUUUUUUUUGCAAUAUUCGGAGUAUCUUUCCAAAACGACGUUUCAGCCUUUUGAUUUGUGAUUCAGAGUAGAAGAUACGGUAUGGAUAUUUUCAGUUUCGAGAAUUCCAUUCAUCCCCCCUUCUGGCCUCACUACAACCCAGUCACUCGUAAAAUACUUUUAAAAAAACACGUUUUUUUUCAAUAUUUAUCGAAUUCUCGACUUCCUGUUUCUUAUAUGAAAAUAUGAAAAAGGUCACUGUUUUCUUUUCUUCUUUUUUUUUUUUUAAGGUAAUAUAAAUAACGAAGGCAAUUUUUGCUGCUUAAGUUUCAUUUCUCCCACGCUUUUCAUAAAUAUUAAAAUAUUUUUCGCGAUAGCUUUCAAUAAUAAAAAUCACCCUAGUAUCAUUCUUCUCGAAAAAAGAACAACACAUUUUUACGAAAUUGACAUACUUCUACAAAAAGCUACAGUCUUAGGCCUGCUAGGCCCAUCAUAAACAUACAUUUAUAGUUCAUAUUGUGUACCUAAAUGAUUCACGAUAUUAAUUUAAGUAAUUAAAGAUCGCAUUGUAAGCUUUCGCGAUGAGCAACCAGCAGCAAAAGCGACCCUAACUUUGAAAUCCUUGCUUCGAGCAAUAAUCAAUCCAAUAAACCGAAUAACUGAGUACAUAAUAAUUCGUUCGUUUGCAAACAAAUCUCUUCUUUUUUUUUCAAAGUACAAAUUUUCGAGAUUACAUUCGUUCCUAGAUGUUACUGAAUUAGUGCCUCAUUGGUUCUACUAUAAUUAUACUAUAUAUUAUAAUAAAUAUAAUACGUUGUAUAAAAGAUUGUGAAUGUUUGUGAUAUUUGAAAUUGUUGUGUUUUAUUCGUUGAUUUAGUAGCAAAACUAUAUAAUAUUACUAAUAAUACGAAGUAAAAUAAUAAAAUUAAGUAAAACAAUGCGCUUUUUUCUUCAUUUUCAGUUUCGAUUUUUAUUUUUAUUCAUUAUUAUUAGGUAGUUAUUCUAUGUAAUUUAUUAUUGUAGUAUUUUGUUUCAAUUUUUUUUCGCGUUUGUGUGUAUCGCCUUCCUAAUUUGAAUUUUUUUUAUAUAGAAAGGGCACACCGUGUCAAUACGUAUAUACUUAGGGUGCUAGGCGACGAAUAAUCAUUUGAAUUUUUUUAACCCCUUUCUCGAACUUUUCCCACCGAUCGUUACAAAUAUGAAUUUAUCUUUAAAAUGACAAUCCAAAGGUGGGCAGUUCUUGAAAUAUCAACCAAGUGCCUCAUCUCUCUCGUGUAUUUAUAAAAUAAAAUUUAUCAUCUGUGUUGCUAUAUUUUUCGAUCAAUAAGGUAAUUUCGCAAUUCGUAUUGAAAAUAUUAUUAUGCUUGAUACAACGAAAUUUUUCACGUGAAUUGGUGGCUAAAGAUGACCAUGAUUGAUACGGUGUAUUCGGUAGUAUUUUUAAAAAAUUAAUCGUUGGUACAAAGUACUUUAAAAAUAUGGCUAGUUAUACUUUAAUAAUUUAAUCAUAGAGAGGUAAAAACUGCUAUGUAUUAUAAAUGUAUUCAUGAUAAUCUAAGAUUUUUAGCAGGUUUAGGUAACUCGUAUAUCUUGAAGUUUGCGUACAAUCGAUCAAAAAGUUGAAAAAGUGUGCCAGGUUUUUAUAAUCUAAUUCAGAAAUAUGGGCAGAGCAAGCUUAGAGGGGGGAUAGACCAACUGGAUACAUUUUCCUGAAUAAAAAUUCAAUUUUCGACCAAAAAACUUCAUUUCAUUUCAAUUUUUUAAAAAAUGAACGAUUUUAGCCAUGCUAUUCUGAUGCUCAAAAAACGAUCUGAUGUGCCACUCUCAUUUAUAUUCAGAAUGCCGAAAAUACUAGAAUCAGCUAGGUCGUAUCACUUUUCAUACCCGAGUGUUUCUCAAAUUAGUUCGCGAACGAUUUCUUCACCAAGUGAUUCAGUUAGGUAGUUGCUCUUUCAAUGAAUCACUUUUCAUCAUUCCACCUAAAAAACAUAGAUCGUUACUUGUCUCCUAAAAAAUUUCUUCCAAAAAAGACCCGAAAAUUUUUUUCAAAAAGUGUGCUGUAUCUACUCGGUCAAAUUGACUCGGUCGUUCGCGAAUGAUUCAUGUUUACAAUCAUUCGUUCAAAGUUCAAAGAUGAUUUCAAAUUCACAUUACAUGAUGUUUGUAGUGCUCAGAAUAUUUUAUUCGAGCUCUAAUUCAUUCGUUCACGAACGAUUCAGUACUUUUUCAAACGAAUCAUUUCGAAUGAAUCCUGCCGGAAUCAAAUUGAUUCAGUCGUUCGCGAAUGAUUCAUGUUGAAAACUAUUUUUCCAAAACGGAGAGAUCAUUUCAAUAAUAUAAAUCAGGUGUAUAGUUUUUUUGGCAUUCCUCUUUGUAAAAAAAUGAUUCAGUCGUUCGCGAACGAUUCGUGUUUCAAACCAUUUUUUCACAACAUAAAGAUCAUUUCAAAUUCAAUUUAAUUAUUCGCAAACAUUUCAAUGUAUUUUCAUCAAAAUAAAUCAUUUACAAUUAUUCCUUUUGAAUUAAAUUGAUUGUGAUUCAGUCGUUCGAGAACGAUUCAAGUUUCGAACCGUUUUUUCAAAACCGAAAGAUCAUUUCAAAUUCAAUUUAAUUCUUUGCAAACAAUUCAAUGUAUUAUCAAAAUGAAUCAUUUAGAAUGAUUCCUUUCUGAAUCAAAAUGAUACAGUCGUUCGCGAACGAUUCAUGUCCCAAUGAUUUUUUUCAGAACUACAAAAAUCAUUACAAAUUCAAAUGACAAUAUUAUUUUCAAUUUGAGAAAAAUUUUGUUCAAACUUUAGAUCACUCGUUCGCGAACGAUUCAAUACCCUUUCAAAUAAAUCAUUCCCAAUAAACUCUCUCAUGAUUCAAAUGAUUCAGUCGUUCGUGAAUGAUUCACGUUUCCAAACAUUUUUUUUCAAAAUGCAAAGAUUAUUUCGCGCGAAGAAAAUAUUGCAUUGCCCAACUUCAAUGUCAAUCCACUCGUUCGCGAGUGAUUCAUUCAUGUUCGCAGCAAUUUUUUCAAUUUUAUAGAUUAAAACAAAAAAUUCAAUAUGACAUGUUUCCAGAGCUAAGAAAAUUUAGUUCCAGUUUUAAAUUAUUCGUUCGCAAACGAUUUAUUUCUUUUUAAAAAAAUAAUCAUGUUGAAUGAUUCCUAUCUGAAUCGAAUUGAUUCGGUCGUUCGCGAACGAUUCAUGAUCCGAAAUGGAAAAAUCAUUUCAAAUCCAAUUUAUUUAUUCGCGAAUUACCUAUUCAAUAUCUUCUCGAAUGAAUCAUUCAAAAUGAUUCAUCUCAGCAUCACAUUAAUUCGGUCGUUCGCGAACGAUUCAUGUUUCAAGCCACUUCUCCAAAAAAGAAAGAUCAUUUCUAAUUCGAAUUAUUCAUUUGUAAGCAAUUCAUUACCUUCUUGGAUAAAUCACUUGAAAUGAUUCUUUUCUGAAUCAAACAGAUUCAGUCGUUCGCGAACGAUUCAUGUUUCAAACCAUUUUUCCAGGGUAGAAAGAUGAUUUAAAAUUCGAUUUAUUCGUUUGCAAACAAUUCAUAAUCUUUGAAAAUAAAUCAUUUUGAAUGAUUCAUCUCAGAAUCAAAUUGAUUCGGUCGUUCGCGAACGAUUCAUGUUUCAAGCCACUUCUCCAAAAAAGAAAGCUCAUUUGAUUUCUAAUUCGAUUUAUUCAUUUGUAAACAAUUCAUUACCUUCUUGGAUAAACCACUUUGAAUUAUUUCUUUCUGAAUCAAAUUGAUUCAGUCGUUCGCGAACGAUUCAUGUUUCAAACCAUUUUUCCAGAAAAUAAAGAUGAUUUAAAAUUCGAUUUAUUCGUUUGCAAACAAUUCAUAAUCUUUGAAAAUAAAUCAUUUUGAAUGAUUCAUCUCAGAAUCAAAUUGAUUCGGUCGUUCGCGAACGAUUCAUGUUUCAAGCCACUUCUCCAAAAAAGAAAGCUCAUUUGAUUUCUAAUUCGAUUUAUUCAUUUGUAAACAAUUCAUUACCUUCUUGGAUAAACCACUUUGAAUUAUUUCUUUCUGAAUCAAAUUGAUUCAGUCGUUCGCGAACGAUUCAUGUUUCAAACCAUUUUUCCAGAAAAUAAAGAUGAUUUAAAAUUCGAUUUAUUCGUUCGCAACCAAUCCAAUAUCUUUGAAAAUGAACCAUUUUGAAUGCGAUUCCUCUCUGAAUCAAAUUGAUUCGGUCGUUCGCGAACGAUUCAUGUUUCAAGCCACUUCUCCAAAAAAGAAAGCUCAUUUGAUUUCUAAUUCGAUUUAUUCAUUUGUAAACAAUUCGUUACCUUCUUGGAUAAACCCCUUUGAAUUAUUUCUUUCUGAAUCAAAUUGAUUCAGUCGUUCGCGAACGAUUCAUGUUUCAAACCAUUUUUCCAGAAAAGAAGGAUGAUUUAAAAUUCGAUUUAUUCGUUCGUAAACAAUCCAAUAUCUUUGAAAAUGAAUCAUUUUGAAUGCGAUUCCUCUCUGAAUCAAAUUGAUUCGGUCGUUCGCGAACGAUUCAUAUUCCAAACCAAAUUUUUCAGAAAAGAAAGAUAAUUUCAAAUUCGAUUUAUUCAUUUGUAUACAAUUCACUACCUUCUCGAAUAAAUCACUUUGAAUGAUUCUUUUCUGAAUCAAAUUGAUUCAGUCGUUCGUGAACGAUUCAUGUUUCAAACCUUUGCUCCAAAAAAGAAGGAUGAUUUAAAAUUCGAUUUAUUCGUCCGGAAACAAUUCAAUAUCUUUGAAAAUGAAUCAUUUUGAAUGCGAUUCCUCUCUGAAUCAAAUUGAUUCGGUCGUUCGCGAACGAUUCAUAUUCCAAACCAAAUUUUUCAGAAAAGAAAGAUAAUUUCAAAUUCGAUUUAUUCAUUUGUAAACAAUCCAUUACCUUCUCGAAUAAAUCACUUUGAAUGAUUCCUUUCUGAAUCAAAUUGAUUCAGUCGUUCGCGAACGAUUCACGUUUCAACCAUUUUCCCAGAAAAUAAAGGUGAUUUAAAAUUCGAUUUAUUCGUUCGCAAACAAUUCAAUACAUUUGAAAAUAAAUCGUUUUGAAUAAUUCCUUUCUGAAUCAAAUUGAUUCAGUCGUUCGCGAACGAUUCAUGUUUCAAAUCACUUCUCCAAAAAAAAAAAAAAGAUAUUUCAAAUUCGGUUUAUUCAUUUUUGUAAACAAUUCAAUACCUUCUCUGAUAAAUCACUUAGAAUGAUUCCUUUCUGAAUCAAAUUGAUUCAGUCGUUCGCGAACGAUUCACGUUUCAAACCAUUUCUCCAGAAAAUAAAGGUGAUUUAAAAUUCGAUUCAUUCGUUCGCAAACAAUUCAAUAUCUUUGAAAAUAAAUCACUUUGAAUGAUUCUUGUCUGGAUCGAAUUGAUUCAGUCGUUCGCGAACGAUUCACGUUUCAACCAUUUUCCCAGAAAAUAAAGGUGAUUUAAAAUUCGAUUUAUUCGUUCGCAUACAAUUCAAUACAUUUGAAAAUAAAUCGUUUUGAAUAAUUCCUUUCUGAAUCAAAUUGAUUCAGUCGUUCGCGAACGAUUCAUGUUUCAAAUCACUUCUCCAAAAAAAAAAAAGAUCAUUUCAAAUUCGAUUUAUUCAUUUUUGUAAACAAUUCAAUACCUUCUCUGAUAAAUCACUUAGAAUGAUUCCUUUCUGAAUCAAAUUGAUUCAGUCGUUCGCGAACGAUUCACGUUUCAAACCAUUUCUCCAGAAAAUAAAGAUGAUUUAAAAUUCGAUUCAUUCGUUCGCAAACAAUUCAAUAUCUUUGAAAAUAAAUCACUUUGAAUGAUUCUUGUCUGGAUCGAAUUGAUUCAGUCGUUCGCGAACGAUUCAGGUUUCAAACCAUUUUUUCAGAAAAGAAAGAUAAUUUUAAAUCCGAUUUAUUCAUUUGUGAACGAUUCAAUAUCUUCUCAAAUAAAUAAUUUGGAGUGAUUCCUUCUCAAUCAAAUUGAUUCAGUCGUUCGCGAACGAUUCAUGUUUCAAACCAGUUUUCCAGAAAAUAAAGAUGAUUUAAAAUUCGAUUUAUUCGUUCGCAAACAAUUCAAUAUCUUUGAAAAUGAAUCAUUUCGAAUGAUUCUCAGUCGUUCGCGAAUGAUUCAUGUUUUCAAAGAUUUUUUUUCAAAACUGAGAGAUAAUUUGUGAUCUGUCACGAGAAAACCAGGUUAGUGUCCAAAACGUAAAUUUUACAGGACGGGCAUUUGAAGUUUUGAAUACAUGUGUUUGGGGAUCUAUGAUUCGUAGGUCCGUGAAACUUGGACCAUUUUUGACCACCAGGGAUGCCAACAUAACCUGACAUUUUUUUUUCAAAAUCAGGGUUGCCAAAGGCCGAUAAUCGAAAUUUCCCUAAAUCGAUUUUUUCGUUUUUUAAAAAUUUUGCACCAAAAAUUUCGCGAAAACUACUAAGAAUGAAUUAUCAACAUAAAAUAAGUUAUUUAAUGAGUUUUUCAAUUUUUUCAAAAAACUUGUUCAAGGUGAAAAGAGUUGAUUUUUCCAGCUUAAGCCUCAUUCAAAUUUCAAAAAAACGGCCUAAAUCCUACAAAUGUGAGCGGAUAACCACAAAAAUUUGCAUGUUGACUCCCCCGGACAUACAUUUUAAGAAAAUGUAAAAAAAAAAUUUUUUUCAUUUUUUUUGUAGUUGCUCUAUUUUUUUAACCUUACAUUUAGGGUCAAAAGAAUCGUUCGCGAACGUUUUUACCACCACAGGCAGAUUCUGCACCCUGAGUACUACCACUAUCCAUCAAAAAAAAUAUAUCGAUUUUUUGGACACUAACCUGGUUUUCUCCUGACAGAUCACAUUUCAAUUUUCAAAUUCCAAUGACAAGAUGUUUCUAAUGUUGAGAAAAUUUUUUUCGAACUUCAAUUCAGUCGUUCGCAAACGAUUCCUGAUCGAAAAAUGAGUAAACAUCAAUUGAAUCAGUCGUUCCUCGUUCGUGAACGAUUUUUUCCACUGGAUAUCUUUCUGAAGCACAAAAAUGACAGAUCCAAACAUUUCUCUGAUUAAAAUUUCAUGUGACCAGAUAAACGAUGCACAGGUCCCUUUCUCAAACAAUUUCAUUCCCCCCCUCCUACACCAAAACCAUAAAAAUAUCGAAACUUGUAGCACCCUUGACCGCAUAAAAAAGGUUAUAAAAGCACAACAGUACCUAAUACAUUACAAAACAAGGAAAAAGUUGGUUAUCCGAGACGAUCUCUGAAACACAGUCACUUAUUUUAAUAAGGCUCUACACAAUAUUACAUCUACGCGAGUAAUUAGCGCAGAAGGUUUUUGUUUUCAUAACACUCGCAAAACCAGAGACUCCCAAAGUGUUUGCGACUUGACAAGCACAUACAUAUAGCUUCUUUCCAACGCGAUCGUGUUAAUAAAUUAUCGCAAUCGAGUACGCUACACACUUCUUCUAAUUAGAUAGGUAUAGUUUAUAUGUAGUUGGCUAAAUACAUAAUAUAAUAAAAUCUACAACGUUUGGCUGUGAUUUUUACAUAUUUCGUAGUUAUAGCGAUGAGAAACAUGGUACUGUACACAAUAUUAUAAUUUAUGUAAUUAUAAUGUAUCAAAGAUGUAAUUCGUGUAAUAUACAUAGAUCGAGUAUUACAUGUAGAUAGGUAUUAGAGUAUUAUUUUACUAUACCAACCUUUUAUCAACGAGUCAUCUUGCGUUUUAUUAAGCGAAUAGGCACAUAAAAAUAAAAUGAAAAGAAAAACAAAUUUUCGACUAUUAUUUUUCGUUGUAUUUAUUCUUUUUCGUGUUUUAUGUUGUAUUACUUGUUCGCAUUUUAUUCAUUCGUAAUUGUUUGUUUUUCUUUUUUUUUGUUUGCUUGUUUAUUAUUUUUUAUAACGAUUACGAACCGAUUAUUUUUAGUAUUUUUUUUCCUGUGUCCUAUUAUUAGGUAUUUUUUUGUUCUUGGCGAAAAAUGAAAAAAAAAACAUCAAACUGUUGAAUUAUUGAAAUGAAAAUUAUUGAACAAUUUUUUUCUGUUUUCGCGUUUUUUAGUUUUUUUUUCUCGAAUUUUUACCUUUACUUUAUAUCUACAUAUUAAAAAGAGUCUUUAUUAAUUAAUUUACCUAGAUAGAUUUAUUGCAGUUUACAACGUUAAAACAAAAACAUCAACAAAAGCGUGAAAAAAAAGCAAAAAACAAAUCCUCUGUAAUUCAUUGUGUUUAGGUUUAUUUAUUGUUUCAGUUUUUAAGUAUUACAUUUUGUUUCGUUUUACUUUUUUAUUUUUGUUGUUUUUUAUUUGAACCAACACGUGAAUUAAAACUCCAAUGGAUGCAGUUGGACGAAAAAUAAAGAGUAAAAUGAUUGAACCAGUAACUAAUUUUCGAACCAAUCGCAAAGAAAAACGUACAAAUAUUGCAGGAGGUGAUGAUCAUACAUUUAGAACUUUAAAAUUUGAUCAGGAAGAUAUGUACUACAUAUAUUGCCCAAGGUGUGUGAAUUAUAACCCAAGCCCAAGCUAAUUUCAUGCAACUUCUCCACGUUUCCUGAUCACUUUCAGUUUCACUAGGUCACUAUAAAAUGCCUCUGAGGCUCUGAUGUUAUCAUGAUUGUUGUUAUUGUUAUUGAUAUUAGUCUACUGUUAUUUAUUGUUGUUAUUGUGGUUGUUUGUUACUACUAGUCGAGUACCUGGGAUCUGCAUACUUAAUUAAUGCGGGUAUAUAACUUAUCACUUUUCUUUUUCAUUCUGAUGGAGAUUUUUAUUUCUUUCAAUUUUUUUUUUUUUUUUUUUUUUUUUUUUUUGUGAGUAUCAUAUUGAAAUGUUACCAAUAUUCUGUUACACAUUGUAUAAAUUAUAUUAGGCAGUAAGAUUACAUAUUUUCUCUAUCAAAUUUUGAGGAAUAAUGAAACUUUAUAGUCAAAAUGGUUGUUCGGUACUUUCCACAUUCCCAAUUAAGAGUUAAUACUCAUGUGAAAAUAUUUCAGCAACAGCUUUUGAAAAUAUCAUCUCAAGUCAACCUAAUUCGAUCGCAACGUUGCUGGUUGCUCUAAUGCCUACUUAUGUUGGCAAAUCAUACAAUAGAAUAUUAACGACUGCAAAGCUUUUUGCAUAAGGGUGCUUCAAAUUUCACUAGACGCACAUUUUCGUCAACGUAGUUCACGUGCAAAUUGAGUAGAAUUGAGUAGAAUUGAGUAGAAGUAGUGUUUUUGCUGGCCUUCUCGUCAAGAUUGCUUAUUGCUAGAUAGAUGUACGUUGGGGUGAAGCUGAAUAAUUUCGCGAUUUUUAAAUCGAUAUUGGAAAGAAAUAUUGCAGAUAAUUCAUAAUUUAUUGAGCUGGACAUGAUUGCGAUGUAUUAGACUUCUAAGGAUUUACAGAGACAUAUCAAAAAAUUUCCACAUGAGUCAGAUGUCACAUCACAAGACAAGUGAGUCAUUCCAUAUCAAGAACGGGUCCCUCCCCCCACCCCCUCGAUUUUUUAUUAAUUAUUACAGUGCUCAAAUUUACAACCCUAUGAAGUGAAACUGGUUGAAAUUGGAGGGAAUUUGUUCACGAAUGAUGCAGUUCUGAAGAAGAGGUAGAAAAAAAAUUCGAGAUCAUUUUUUUUCAAAUUUCUAAAAGUUCAAGCCUGAACUUUUUUUUGAAAUUGGUCGAUUUUUAAAAUGUGUGUCAAAAUUUGGAAAAAAUGGGUACGUACAUUUCACAAAUCAUGUCCAAUUUUGAGUAUUUUUGAAAAAUUUGAGCAUAAAAGAGGCGAGGGGGGGAAAAUUUUGUGACAUCGAUAAAGGAGUGAUGGGUAUGGAAUUUUUUCAAAUCGUUGAUUUCUAUGCUAGGUGGUCAGGAAAGUAUAUGCCAGACGAAAAGUCUGAAAAAAUUCGUUCUAAAGUUGAUUAUUUUAACCAUUUUUCUGGUUUCGAAGAAAUAAAAGUGCUUUUUCAAAUGAAGCAACCCCCAAUCCUCUAUCUUGAUUGGCUGGAAAAAUAUAAAAUAUUUCAAACUUUAAAAAAUCACUUUCAAAACAUUUUUUUUAAAAAAAAAUUCCUGCUUUAGAAAAUUGGGUAAAAUUCAUAAAAGGUGUUGUAGGUAAAUGUUUUACUCGUAUACUGAGUUGUUUUAUGCGUUUUGAUCAAUUUUUAGGGCACAUUGGGGGGGGGGGGACUUUGAGCGAUUUUAAAAAAAUUUAAUUCCUCGUAUGUUUUCAUUUUUCAAAGACGCUGAUUCUGAUCCUGAAACUUGAAAGGCCAACUUUCAGAAGGUGUUGCCUUGAUUCUUCACAAUCACUAUUCAAUUUUCAAAAUUUCGGGUCCCAAUUAUCUUUUGAGGGUUCAGUUUUGAUUUCGAGAGUAAAUGGUGAUCAAAUCGAGGAUCUUAGUACCCCUGAAAACUUGAAUUUUCACACCUCCGAUGCAUUUUUUUCAAAAUUUUGAGCUAAACCCAUUUCCUAUAACCUGAUCUGAGGAGAUCGUUUUUGAUUUUAGGAACACGUUGUGGGUUUUGGCUCCAAAAAUGAAUUGAUUCAUUUCCAUAUUUAUUUUUUUCAUUUUUGCCUUCUGUUGAAAAUCUAUUUCUUGAGAACACUCGAAAAAAAAUUAAUCAAACUGCAAUAAAUGAUCCUGAAAACCAUAUGUUUGAACAAACUUUCCUCUUACAACCUGGUAUUUUAUUUAGAGGAAACGCCAGAACGUAAUUUUCUUUCAAGUUUUUAUCUGGCCAGGCCCACUCCCCCCCCCUCAUGCCUCAAUUUUGAUGAAAUUUUUGAAGAAAAAAUUAUGUGGCCCAUCAUAUUUGCAAGACUUAGUAGUUAUCUACCGGAUUUAUUUUUUUUGAAAAAAAUCACUACUUUUUCAUUAGGUACUUAAAGAAAACUCUCCAUUCAACCCCCCUCCCUUAUUCACACAAAAAAAAAUCAACGAAAACAAAUUUUUCACAGGAAAAUUUUCAAAAAAAAAAAUUGAAAAUUAGUAUAUAAAAGUAUUUUUUACUUUUCAAAAUAAAUUUUUUUUUCAAGUGGUUUUAAGGUUUUUGAUGCACUUGUGAAUUUCUUCAUUUCUUCACUACUAACACUACUUAUUAGAUACCCUGUAAGAUUUUUGAUAGCUCAGAUCUCGAAUUUCAAUCAACUUUAUCGAUACUGGUCCCCUAGAUCCCACAAGAAGCUUCAAACAUUUCAAAAAAUUGAAAAAUUAGUGUAACUAAUCGUUCGUUGGAUUAUCAAAAUGCGGUGAUUUCGAAUAUUGACUCGGUUUAAACUGAUCUGAGCUCCUCAACUUCAACAAUAAGCCCCCUCCCUUUCGGAAAAAAUUGAAAAAUUCCCGUAAUUCUUGGUUUAUUCGGUUUUUGGGAGCCCUUAUUUUCAAGGCUUUUUCGUGGGAGAGUAGGGGGGGGGGG